AUGGGCUCACCAGCAAGUCCGGUUUUUGCUGAUUUGGUAUUAGAAAUUUUGGAAGACGAAGUCAUACGAAAGCUGAAAUUCAAAUUACCAUUCUACGUACGAUAUGUGGACGAUAUUUUAACAGCAGUUCCUGCUGACAAAGUUAAUGAAAUUAAAACAACGUUCAACAGCUACAAUCAACAUAUACAAUUUACUGUAGAUGUAGAACGAGAUCAAAACAUUUCAUUUUUGGAACUGUGGUGUAUUAGAGAUGGUCGUAGCAUUAAGACUGAUUGGUAUCACAAAGACACUUGGUCCGGACGUUAUUUGAAUUUUAAAUCUCAUUUGCCAACUGCCUACAAACGCAACACAGUCACACUGCUAGCAGAGAAGAUUCUUCUAUUGUCUGAACCCGAGUUCCACAACAAAAACUUUGAAUUGCUGAGAGAAACUUUAGCCAAGAAUAUGUACCCGAAUGGUUUGGUUGAAUGUAUGAUCAAAAAAGCACACGAAAAGUUUACAAAGAAUGGAGAUGUGAAACCGAUCAAAGAGAAACUCCCGAUAGCUGCCGUACCCUAUGUUAAAGGCCUGUUUGAGAAACUGAAAGCCAUAUGCAAGGAUGACGUCAUGCUGGAUGGAAAAGGCGACAACACGUUGAAGAAGUCUAUUUUUAGUAGACUCAAAGAUCCGACGCCAAAGUUACAUUGUUCACAUUUGGUGUACUGUAUUCCCUGUUCGUGCGGGUACAAAUACGUUGGCCAGACAUUACAGCUUUUGAAGGACAGAAUCUAUCAACAUAAGUACAACAUAAGCAUUAAGAACAGUAACCACAGUGCCUUAUGUGAUCACGCUAUUACGAACAAUCAUACACCGUUGUGGGAUAAAGUUAAAAUUGUUGUUCGUGAAAGUCAGCAGAAGAAAAGAGACAUUUUAGAGAUGAUUGCGGUGAAGAAGACACCGAAUUGUCUGAAUAAACACACCGAUUGUAUAAUAUUAUCUACUGCCUAUAAUAACGUGAUUUGA